AUGCGAUCGCAGCGGAUGCAGCUGCACAGGGCGGCCGACAAGCGACAGCGCCGUCCACAAGUGAUGACGGAGAAUUCCGGCUUCAACGCUAUCCACGACUACAAGCUGGACAUGGAAGAACUCGCCAAAAUACCCCCCUCCCUAGGCCUGAACGAGCUUCAGGACUGGGAUGUGGCGCAGGCGCAGGAGAGACGUCUGCAGCGUUCCACCGUGCAUGCUGUGGCGGCUCCGAAAGCCAGCCCCCCCUUGAAGUCUGGUUCUGGUCCGUCUAAAUCAUUGGCUGCUGCUGCAGCCAACCCGCUCCAUGCCGCUGGUCCCGCGCGAGAGGACGCGCGCACCUACACCGAGCUGCUCGACUGGUAUUCGAUGCACGAGUUUAUUAUACGCAAGGGGAAGACGCUACGCAACACGCCCGAGUUUGCCUCCUUCAAGCGACAUUACGCGUCGAGCUGGGGCGAGGUAGACGGCCUCAUCGAGGUACUGGAGGAGAUGCUGCAGAGCUACGGUGUUGAGAUGGCCUAUGUGGAUGGUAAGCAACUCGCCCAGCUGGCCUCCUAUCAGGUGCCCGACCUAAUCUCCGCAACGGAGAUGCUUGAAUGCAUCAACAACGCCGAAGAGGUGCUCCCGCUGCUCAUGGAUGCAUCUCGUCCCUACCGCUACGGCCCCAAGCGCCACGAAGUGGCGGCUACAAAGAUCCAGGCCACGUGGCGCAUGUACCGGCAGCGCAUCGCCUACAUCCACCUGCUGAUCGGCACCCGCGCCGCUAUUGCCAUUCAGCGACAGUAUGUCAUGUACCGCGCACACCGCUUGACGCGUCGCACCAUUCGCUCCAUCCGCGAGACCCGCAUGACGCAGUGGCAGGAAACGAUGAGGGAAUUCAAGGCUGCGUGGCCGCGCAUUGAGGAGGGCCGCCGCGUCAUCGUUCACCUUCCCUCCCUCUCGUAUCCCACGUACCAAGCAAAGAAGAUACCCUUCUACGAGGCGAGGCAGCUGGGGCAGUUAACGCGGCUGAGCACGCUAGCGGACCCCCAUGUGCAGCUUAUCUUUGUGGUCCCGGUGAAGCCGGAGACGGAGAUUCAGCAAUACUACAUGAGUCUGCUUGCCGAGAACGGCGUUUCAAACGUAGCCGGCCGCUUGACGUUCGUGGUGCCCGAAAACGUGCGGCGUCUUCCUGCUGGAAUGAGUCUCACUCGUAUGGUGCUGCUCUCUCCGCGUCUCUUAAAGCUGGUCUCUGCCCUGUGUACCGGCAAGCCCGCCUACAUCUUGCCCGGCGUCGUUGGAGCAGAAGAGCUUACGUUGGCCACGCAGCUGAACAUACCCAUGCUGUCGUCAGAGCCGCAUCUUGUGCAGGCUUACGGCUCUAAGAGCGGCUGCAGGCGGCUGCUCGCGGCUGCGGACAUUCUGACGCCUCCUGGCGCGGCGCAGCUGCGCUCUAGAGCGGACCUCCUGUACUCGUUGACAAGCCUCAUCGUUGGGCGUCGCGCAGUGCAGCGAUGGCUGGUCAAGCUGGAGAACGAGUUUGGAAGUCACGGCCACGCAUACCUCGACGUGAACCGUCUCACUUCUCUGCAAGACGAGGGCUCCGCGUCUGACUCCGCUGACGCUGCGUCGUCUGCCGCGCUGAGUGCAGCGGUGUUUCAUGAAUUGGAGGUGCACGGAGCGAAGCGCAUGCGCCUCGUGCACCCAAGCAGCUACCCCAACUGGGACGCGUACCUCGCCAUGUUUGACGAAGUGGGCGGGUGUGUGGAGGCCGUCCUGCCCGGCCUUUGCACUUCCGUCACGGCAAACGUGUUUGUCGCCCCGUCCGGGGAGGUACGGGUAGAGUCGGUAGUGGAGCCACUUCUGGCGCCGGCCCUCACUGCGAUGGGGUCCCUCUUCCCGUACCGCUCCAGUGUGCCGUAUACGGCGGUGCGCGGCGCUUCUCUCAGCCUGGGCCAGGCAGCGUAUCGCAAGCACAUUAUGGGCUACCUGUCCCUCGACUUCGUGGUCACCACCGAAGUCGAUGCCGAGGGCGACGCCUCCCACUCUCCUCAGACGCGGCUAUGGGGUGUAGACGUAGACUUUGGGCUCACCACGCAGGCCUCCGCGCAUGCGCUCGCCCGUGUCUUUAGCGGCAGCGUGUGGGACGAGAAGAGUGGCUCCUGCGUGAACCAGAGCACCGGCAAGCCGCUCGUCUACGUGUACAGCGGCGUACUGUACAACCCCUACAUCUCCUCCAUCCGACACUCCUCCUUCUUCUCCCUCUGCUGCAACCGAGGGCUGACGUACAACUGCAACCGCCAGUCGGGGAUCGUCUUCCACUUCCUCAACCUCUUGCUGUGCAACUGCCUCGGUGUGCUGUCCGUCGGCUCUGAGGAGGAACGUGUGGUGCAGCAGAUAACAGAGUUUCAGGCGCUCCUGAACAUACAGUUCCCUGCCCAAGGUCAACAUUCGGCUGACAGCAACUGCGUAUACUUUUCUUCCGUCGUCCGGCAGCUCUCGCAGUUCUUGACGUGA